AUAAUUCCAGUACUGACAGCUGCUGGAUUUGCUUCUACACUUGGUGUUGUCAUGUUAAUCAGGUCUGCCUUAACAUCUCCAGAUGCCAUAUUUGAUAAGACAAACAAUCCAACGCCAUGGCUGAAUGUCAAGCCAACAGAACAAAUAAAGCUGUAUUCUCCGUCAUUGGACUUCAAAACAUUGAAAACUGAUAGGCCAAAUAUCGACGAUUAAUAUCACACAAAAGAACUCAAAUGUUAAUCCACACAAGGUUAAAACAUCCCGAAGUUUCAGCAAAAAUGUUGUCUAUAUUGAAGAAAAACAAAGAGCUUUAUCCUGUGACAGCAUGUGUUGUGUUUGGAUGUUUCCUUAGCGUAGGAUACUUGUUUAGGAUGGCCUUCCAACAUCCUGAUGCUGCUUGGUACAACAAACGGGAAAAUCUUCCAUGGAACACUGUUGCACACAAUCAGAAAAAAAAGUUCUACUCAACAUUUGAUUAUUCCAAGCUAAAGGAUGAAAGACCAAAAUAUGAAUAAACGCUGUUUCGUAAAUUUUAUGUAUCUUGUUUUCUGCUUUUUUGAAAAUAAUUAAACUGAACUGCUGUUUGAGUUUUCGUUAUAAAUAAAAAAUGUUUGUUUCAAAUUA